AUGGCUUCUGCACAAGCACCAGUGCCGGCGACAAGUGCUCCUGUUGGCACGCCUACCCAAACCGCAGCCGAGUCGGUGCCUACUGAACCCUCGGCCACCGAAAAACCCACAACUUCAUCCUCGUCCACAUCAUCAACCUCUUCGACAACGACCGCUCCGACGGAACCAUCGACCACCAGCACUACAAGCACCACUAGUACGACUAGUACGACUAGUACGACUAGUACCACGUCUACCUCGAACUCGCAGGCCACACAACCUACCGUGCCUGAACCCUCUCAAACUCCUGAUAGCACUACCACAUCGAUUGCUACAGCCACCGCGGCCACCCCAACCAACGACCCAACGACUAUCUAUGUGACCUCUACAGGAACAGCUUCCCCGACGCUGCCUACAGGAAAUUCGGCCAAUGGUGUGACUGCUACAUCGACAAGAUCAUCCGCAGCUGCAUCCGCGACAGGUGGAGACUCGGGAAGUUCUGGACUCUCUGCUGGUGGCACCAUUGCGGUAGCGGUGGUAGUGCCUGUUGUUUCCGUGGCAUUGAUCAUCUUGGCUGCACUUUAUUUCUGGCGCAAAUGGAAAGCAAAGAAAGCGGCGGAGGAAGAACGAAGGAAGGAGGUGGAGGAGUAUGGAUUCAAUCCGAACAACGAUCCAACACUUCCACCCGUCAUGGGUGGUGGUGCUUACGAGCCCAAGGAUGAGACAUCCGGCUACCGAGGAUGGGGCACAACCUCUGCUGGUCGCAAAGCAUCGACUAACCUGUCGAGUGGUGCGGGUGUUGGAUUGGCCAUGUCUGAAGCCGGGAGCGGCCCCGCCUAUCACCACGCCGCAACCCCCAGUGAUGGCACCAUCCAAUUCUCUGAAGGGCAGAUUCCUGAGAGUGAACCUAUCGGGGUCCUCGGAGCUGCUCCCGCAGCUUCCAACAAUCGCACAACUGACAUCCACCGUGGUCCGUCUAAUGCUUCUUCUGCGUAUUCUGCGGCGAAUCGUUCGGAAGCCUCGGAGGAAAGCCACAUGUCGGCUACUCAUCCCACUGGUGGUUACUAUGACGACAACCCGUACUAUAGCGAUGUGCAACCACAAUACGGCGCUUAUGGAGAUGGGCCGUAUGUUCCAAGUCAACCUGUGAUUCGGGAUGUUCAGGCCCGGCGUAACACGCGAAUUGAGAACCCCGCAGUCUUUCCGCGACAGGGGAAUGCCGGCAUUGCCCAGAACUUCUAA